GAGCCCCGCGGCGUCGCGGCUCGCCGAGGCCCCGGGCAGCGCAGCCAUGGCCCUGCGGAGGCUGGGGGCCGCGCUGCUGCUGCUGCCGCUGCUCGCCGCCGUGGAAGAAACGCUGAUGGAUUCUACCACUGCCACUGCAGAGCUGGGCUGGAUGGUGCAUCCUCCAUCAGGGUGGGAAGAGGUGAGCGGCUACGAUGAGAACAUGAACACAAUUCGCACGUACCAGGUAUGCAACGUGUUUGAAUCCAGCCAAAACAACUGGCUUCGGACCAAAUUCAUCCGGCGCCGCGGCGCCCACCGCAUCCACGUGGAGAUGAAGUUCUCGGUGCGUGAUUGCAGCAGCAUCCCCAACGUGCCAGGGUCCUGCAAGGAAACUUUCAAUCUCUACUACUAUGAAGCCGAUUUUGACUCGGCCACCAAGACCUUUCCCAACUGGAUGGAGAACCCCUGGGUGAAAGUGGACACCAUUGCAGCUGACGAGAGCUUCUCGCAGGUGGACUUGGGUGGCCGGGUCAUGAAGAUCAACACUGAGGUGCGAAGCUUUGGGCCCGUGUCUCGCAGCGGCUUCUACCUGGCUUUCCAGGACUAUGGAGGCUGCAUGUCUCUCAUCGCCGUGCGUGUCUUCUACCGCAAGUGCCCUCGUGUCAUCCAGAAUGGUGCUGUAUUCCAAGAGACACUGUCAGGGGCGGAGAGCACAUCCCUGGUGGCUGCCCGUGGCAGCUGCAUCGCCAAUGCUGAGGAAGUGGACGUGCCCAUCAAACUCUACUGCAAUGGGGAUGGCGAGUGGUUAGUGCCCAUCGGGCGCUGCAUGUGCAAAGCAGGCUUUGAGGCUGUGGAGAAUGGCACCAUCUGCCGAGCUUGCCCAUCAGGAACCUUCAAGGCUAACCAAGGGGAUGAGUCCUGCACUCACUGCCCCAUCAACAGCCGGACCACUUCAGAGGGAGCCACCAACUGUGUCUGCCGCAACGGCUACUACAGAGCAGACCUGGACCCCCUGGAUAUGCCCUGCACAACCAUCCCCUCUGCUCCUCAGGCAGUCAUCUCCAGUGUCAAUGAGACCUCCCUCAUGCUAGAGUGGACCCCACCUCGUGACUCAGGAGGCCGUGAAGACCUUGUCUACAAUAUCAUCUGCAAGAGCUGUGGCUCAGGCCGGGGUGCCUGUACCCGCUGUGGGGACAAUGUACAGUAUGCACCCCGCCAGCUGGGGCUGACAGAGCCACGCAUCUACAUCAGUGACCUGCUGGCCCACACCCAGUACACCUUUGAGAUCCAGGCCGUGAAUGGCGUCACCGACCAGAGUCCCUUCUCACCACAGUUCGCCUCUGUCAACAUCACCACCAAUCAAGCAGCUCCAUCGGCGGUGUCCAUCAUGCACCAAGUGAGCCGCACUGUGGACAGCAUCACCCUGUCCUGGUCCCAGCCUGACCAGCCCAAUGGCGUCAUCCUGGACUACGAGCUCCAAUACUAUGAGAAGGAGCUCAGUGAGUACAACGCCACAGCCAUAAAAAGCCCCACCAACACGGUCACUGUGCAGGGCCUCAAAGCCGGCGCCAUCUAUGUCUUCCAGGUGCGGGCUCGCACCGUGGCAGGCUACGGGCGCUACAGUGGCAAGAUGUACUUCCAGACCAUGACUGAAGCUGAGUACCAGACAAGCAUCCAGGAGAAGUUGCCUCUCAUCAUCGGCUCCUCGGUGGCUGGCCUGGUCUUCCUUGUUGCUGUGGUCGUCAUCGCCAUUGUGUGUAAUAGACGUGGGUUUGAACGUGCUGAUUCGGAGUACACGGACAAGCUGCAGCACUAUACCAGUGGACACAUUACGCCAGGCAUGAAGAUCUACAUCGACCCUUUCACCUACGAAGACCCCAACGAGGCAGUACGGGAGUUUGCCAAGGAGAUUGACAUCUCCUGUGUCAAAAUUGAGCAAGUGAUUGGAGCAGGGGAGUUUGGUGAGGUUUGCAGUGGCCACCUGAAGCUGCCGGGGAAGAGAGAGAUCUUUGUGGCCAUCAAGACCCUCAAGUCAGGCUAUACAGAGAAGCAGCGCAGGGACUUUCUGAGUGAGGCAUCCAUUAUGGGCCAAUUCGACCACCCCAACGUCAUCCACCUGGAGGGUGUGGUCACCAAGAGCACUCCUGUGAUGAUCAUCACUGAGUUCAUGGAAAAUGGAUCCUUAGACUCCUUCCUGCGGCAAAAUGAUGGGCAGUUCACAGUCAUCCAGCUGGUGGGCAUGCUGAGGGGCAUCGCAGCAGGCAUGAAGUACCUGGCAGACAUGAACUACGUGCAUCGAGACCUGGCUGCCCGCAAUAUCCUGGUCAACAGCAACCUGGUGUGCAAAGUAUCGGACUUUGGGCUGUCCCGCUUUCUGGAGGAUGACACCUCGGACCCCACCUAUACUAGUGCCCUGGGCGGGAAGAUCCCCAUCCGCUGGACUGCACCAGAAGCUAUCCAGUACCGAAAGUUCACCUCAGCCAGUGAUGUGUGGAGCUAUGGGAUUGUCAUGUGGGAGGUGAUGUCCUACGGGGAGCGACCCUACUGGGACAUGACCAACCAGGACGUCAUCAAUGCCAUAGAGCAGGACUAUAGGCUGCCACCACCCAUGGACUGCCCAAGUGCCCUGCACCAACUCAUGCUGGAUUGCUGGCAGAAGGAUCGCAACCAUCGGCCCAAAUUUGGCCAGAUUGUCAACACACUCGACAAGAUGAUCCGCAACCCCAACAGCCUCAAAGCCAUGGCACCUCUCUCUUCAGGGAUCAACCUGCCCCUGCUGGACCGCACGAUUCCUGACUACACCAGCUUUAACACGGUGGACGAAUGGCUGGAGGCCAUCAAGAUGGGGCAGUACAAGGAGAGCUUCGCCAAUGCAGGCUUCACAUCCUUCGAUAUUGUGUCACAGAUGAUGAUGGAAGACAUUCUCCGUGUUGGGGUCACCUUGGCCGGCCACCAGAAAAAAAUCCUGAACAGCAUCCAGGUGAUGCGGGCACAGAUGAACCAGAUCCAGUCAGUGGAGGUUUGAUGGUCACCUAUCUCAGCUCACCUUUUCCUCCAGGCCCACCCCUCCUCCCACGUGCCAGCCCCCCUGGUUCUCUGUUCACCACAGGGUCCGCCACCCGCCAGAGGCCACGGGCCACAGGAAGAACAUAGCAGCGUGCCUGGCUCAAGACAUCACUAAGAACAUGUGCAACUUGGAUGAUGGGAAAGGAAGGAAUGGGGGUGUGAGCAGACAUCCUGGGAGGGGCGGGGGAGAUGAGGAAUAGUUUCAGAGGAUUCUCAUAAGGAAAGUGAUUAUUGUUCUUGGGGGGAAAAGGCUUGGGAGACCCGUGAAGCUUGGCCAGAGACCAAAAAAGCAGAUCUCUCCAGCUCUCUUCGGGAAGGUGGCCUGACCAGAGUCCAGGAAAUACUUUCAGGAAAACUUGUUUGAAUCAAGCUGACCGGAACCACCUUCUCACCUGUCUCCCGGCUGCUCUCCUGGGUCUUAGCAGCCACCACGUGUGAGAGCGACACCCCAGGGACCGCCUCUGAGCAGAUUUGUUCUUGCAGCCACAAAGCAUUCAGAAGAUUUUUUUUCUCUUUGGAGAAGAUCUUUGGAUCCUCCAACAAGAGAGAAGUGUUUCUCCUGGCACUUCUGGGGGCUGAGAAGGGUCAGAGACCUGGGAACCUCAGAAGACCAGCUUCCCCGAGGCUCUGCAGCAUCACACAUGUGUGCCACAUGCACAACCCACCAGCCCCCGAGAAUCCAGCCACAGUGACUGCCACCAGCUCCGACUGCCACCAAGGAGGACGCACGCCCCACGUCUGGGUUUGUUCACAGCAAGUCAUGGACUCGCGGGAUUUUGGUCAGGGGUGGAUCUGGCUUGGAGGGUCUGUUGGUUGUUUUUUUUUAAAUGACAAUGAAAUGACACUUUGACAUUUCCUACCUUUCAAGAACUUGCUCCUUCUCCAGGAAGAAGGUGCUUUCUGCUUACUGACUUAGGCAAUACACCAAGGGCGAGGUUUUAUA